AUGUCGACAUUGAUCGACAACAAGGGGGAACCAGAGCAGCCGUCAUCGUCGUCAUCGCAGGUUGCUGCUCAGGCUGACGACGCGGUGCCUAAAGAUGCUGCUGAUGCCGGUGGUGAUAUCGACGACGCGCCUGCGCCCGCGCCCAAGCCCUCGCUGUGCGGCGUGUGUAAUGUGAACCCGCCCAAGUACAAGUGUCCGCGAUGCUAUCUCCCAUACUGCUCCGUCGCAUGCAAUCGAACCCAUCGCGAAAACCACCCUCCCGAUCCUGAGCCUCAACACAACCCCGAGCCCUCACAACCGCAAGUCCCCGACGUGCAAUCCGCUCCUUCUCUGCCCUCGCUGCCCGCCGAUCCGACAAACCCCUUCCGCGCGCUGGAAACAUCCGACAAGCUUCGUCUUCUGUUCCAAAAGUACCCCUCGCUCCCUGACCAACUCCUCCGGAUCCAUGCCGCCACCCUCCCGCCCCAAGAUCCCGAAUCCAAGAAACACGCCAUCCCGGCCUCGCUGCUCAAGGGUCUCCCGCCCAAGAAGGAGACGUGGAACCACGACAUUGGGAUCCGAAACGGCAAGGAGGCCCUGCGCAGGGCCCGACGCGCCCAUGGCGAGGAGGGUGAUGCGAUCCGCGAGUAUUCCGAGCUCAUUCUGCACCUCAUGAAUACGGAUAGUUCUGGACCCGAUGUUACGAACUUGUUACGCCAGCAGCUGGCGCAGGAUGACACCAACCUCAUCGAGCGCUUGAUGGCUGAGGAGAAGCGAUGA